GACAAACCCUCGGCUCCCUUGUUGUGCACGAAUCCAAUAUUCAUCUGAACAGCACAUGAGGAUGGCAAAUUGAGUGGAGCUGAGUGGGAAUGUUGACCCCCUGGUUAGCACCUGCUGUCCCUCACCUCUGUUCCAUCACCUUCACCUGUCUGGCUGUAGUAUCAUCAAUGAAUGUGGGCCUGAUUUGUCUCUCUGCUCAUUUUUAAGUGAUGUAAAAAAUAUCUUCCUCUAAACCAGGAUGUCCAGCAGUGUGAUAAUGAGUGUUAGUCUAUCUCCAUGUGAGCAGGUCAGGAUGGCCACCUCAACCCUGGAGAACCAGCUGCAGAGUGCCCAGAAGAACCUGCUGUUCCUGCAGCGGGAGCACGCCAACACCCUGAAGGGGCUGCACGCGGAGCUGCGCCGCCUGCAGCAGCACUGCACAGAUUUAACCUAUGAGCUGACUGUAAAGUGUUCAGACUUGUCAGAAAGUGGUGGUUCAAGAAGUGAUGAACUCAAAAGUAAGUGCAAAGAUCUUGAAGCUCAGCUGAAAAUCAAAGAAGCUGAAAACAGUGAAUUGUUGAAAGAACUUGAACAAAAGAACGCGAUGAUAAUGGUGCUGGAAAACACUAUUAAAGAAAGAGAAAAGAAGUAUUUGGAAGAGUUAAAAAUGAAAAGCCAUAAGCUCAAUAUGUUGUCCAGUGAACUGGAGCAGAGAGCGAGCACGAUUGCGUAUCUGACCUCUCAGCUGCAUGCAGCCAAGAAGAAGCUGAUGAAUGCCAGCGGGACUUCGGAGGGGACCCCCUCUGGCAGCCCCGUGCUGUCCAGCUACAAACCGUCCCCUCCCAAGGACAAACUGCCGGAGACGCCGCGGCGCAGGAUGAAGAAGAGUCUGUCCACGCCGCUGAACCCCGAGUUCGAAGAGGCCUACAGAAUAGGGUCAGAGAGCCGGAAGCUGGUGCUGCGAGAGCCCGUGGAUGCCAUGCCCGAUCCCACGCCCUUUCUGCUGGCCAGGGAGACGGCAGAGGUGCAUCUGAUCAAGGAGAGGCCGCUGGUCAUUCCACCGAUCCCUUCGGAUCGCGCGCCCGGCGAAUCGCACAGCCCCGCCCGCGAGAAGCCGCACAAGGCGCACAUCGGGGUGGCUCAUCGCAUCCACCACGCCGCGCCCGCCCAGCCGCAGGAGGUGGAGACCCUGGCAGUGGAUCAGGUCCAUGGGAACAAAGUGGUCAGAAAGCACUCGGGGACAGACAGAACUGUCUGAGAACACCACGGAAGCGCUGUUCUGUGCUGGUUAUGCACUGUGAGCCUGUAGGGUAAAUAGCACCUGCGGUGAAGUUUCUUUUGAUGCCCCAUGCAUGCCAAACUCCUCCCGGGUACAUCAUUAAUACAUUUUGCUCUAAGGAAACCUCCUA